AUGCGUUUCACUGCUGUCGCCGUUGCCUUCUUCGCCGGUCUGGCCAUCGCUGCCCCCGGUGCUGACAAGACCGUCUACGAGACCGACGAGGUUACCAUCACCUCUUGCGCUCCCACUGUUACCGACUGCCCCGGCAACAGCGGUGCCGGCGUUGAGCCCACUGCUAGCACCACCCCCACCAGCGUCCCCGCCGCUGUCACCAGCUCCGUUGGUCAGGCUUCCGAGACCCCUGCUUGGUCCUCCGUCCCCACCGGAGUUUCUCCCUCCAGCGUCUCCUCCGCCCCUGCUCCCCCUGCUGUUGAGACCGCCACUGCCUCCUCCUCCGUGAUUGCCAUCACCACCUGCGUGCCCACCGUUAUCUACUCGACCGUCCCCGUCGUCCCUACCACCACCCCCGGUGCUAGCAGCAGCGUCAUCCCCCACGGCCCCUCCGGUGGUGUCCCCCACGUGCCCUCCGGCACUAAGGGUGUUGCCACUGGCACUGCCGCUGUCACCCCUGCUACCUCCUCCCCCGCCUUCAACGGUGCUGGUGCUCUCAGCGGCUCCCUCGGCUUCGCCGGUGCCGCCGCCGCCGCCGCCUUCUUCCUGGCAUAA